ACCCUUCGUUUACCCGUAUCGUGUUUAUACAAGUACUGCUAAACUAACGUUACUGCUAUUCAAUAUUGAUAGCGUGUAAAGUGUUGUACUACUGGCUGACUUGGUGUACGCAUGCUGAUGUUGGAAGUGUUUCAACACUGAUUAUCAGACUCUGUGGAUAAAUGUGCGAGUUUUACAAGUGAUUCACGUCAAUACAGAGAUGAAGAGGCAGGGAAGACGAACCAGUAGAGCUACACAUGAAAACAACACUUCUUUGGUGCAGAAUGAACCAAUCCGGAAGUCGUAUAAUUUACGGAAAAGGAAACACGAGACUAAACAAAAUGAUCAAGACGAGAUUCUGGUAAAUGAGAACACCAAGAGGAGAUGCUUAAAAAAUGAUGACCAAAAAACGAGCACGCAACACGCAAUAUCAACAAGGGGACAAAAAAUGCAGCAUACCAAAAUGGAUAAACCCAAAAGCAAACAGCCGCGAUUUCGCAAUCAAAAUAAGAAAACACUUCUCAAGCAGCCACUUAGAAAAGAUAUCGCACCGAAAAUCCAAGCAAUGGGAACAAAACGUUUGACUCGAUUAUCUAUGAAGAAAGGCGAGAACAGCAAGAGAAAGACCUCAGAUUCGAAUACACCACUACUGCGGAAGAAGACCCAAGUCAAAGGAGAACAAUCAUUAAGAAUAAAACUCCCUAAAAGAGAUAAAGAUAGAAAGCAAAGGACCUUGUGUGGAACCCCAAAACCUGGAAAGAAGAGAAUAUUACAAGGAACUCCAAAACCAAUGUUAACUUCAAAAGCACCAGAAAAAGAAAUGGUAUCCAGCAUUUUUAUCCAAAAACAAAAAACACGAAAACUAAGUAGAGUUCAGGUCUUAAAGAACUCUAAUCGAACCAACGAGAAACAACUGCAUAUGAAUAUUGAACAAAGCACUGAACCUAAACAUUGUAGAAUUUCCAAACCAAACACGAUCAAACGAAAAUCAACGAAAGCUGCACGCAAAUUGGUAACAAAAACGGAUUAUCCUUCAUUGCAAGGAAGAGAAAGAUUACAACCAAAAUAUUUUCCCACGUUGUUUGUCAAGAAAAUUGAUACCAGGUAUUAUCCUGAAGCAAGUAGAAUGUCAAACAUACAUGGAAUCAGUGUAUCGAACGACAAUUUGAUAUGGGUAAAUUAUUUGAUAGGAUGCGUUCAGCUGCUAAACACUUCAGGCAAAAUCCUCCGAACUAUCCACUUAGAUCACAGUCCGGUGUUUAACUGUUGUAUUCCCUCAGGAGACCUCCUGGAAACACAAGGAUACGCUGGAGGCUCAAAACCUGUCAUAACAAUGAUAUCUCGAGAUGGAAACAGCCGGCUAUUCGCCGAUCUCUCGUCAUAUGCUACAAACCUGUGUGGAAUUCUCUGUGAAAAUGAAGUAAUAUUCGUCGUUGCAUAUUCUAGCAAAGCUGAAGAUGGUGGCUUUACCGGGAGUUAUUUUAUUAUCAAACUUAAUAUGAGUGGAGAAGUGGAAGGGAUAUUCAAUACAGAAAAUGACUGUGAUAACAUAAAUCACAUCAUUUCACUUAAUGGUCAAAUAAUUGCUCUUCGCACAAAUAAUUCUGCUAUGAUUCCCUUGAAGGGGAAAAUAAUUUCAUCAGAGAAAAUGAACGGAGUAUGUAUUGAAAGUGUCUAUUCAGCGAGUGCUUCAGUCGACAAUCUUGGCAAUGUUAUCCUGGCAUCAAACACAGAACUCAUGAUAUUUGACCCAAGUUUGGAGUUUAUGCAGAAAGUAAAUACUGGUAUUGGAUCCAUUAUCUCGACUGCUGUCGAUAAAAACAGUCAGUUGUGGCUAGGUACUGCGUCAGGAGGACUGUAUUCAACUCAGUAUUUGACAUGAAGUCAAGCUUGAUAAUAGAGUAAAUGUAUAGUCCACAGGGGCUCGGUUGUCAGAUAUUGAAGUUUUGUAUUAUUUGUUCCCGAAUAAUAAAUUGAAGUUUUGCAUGAUUUGUGUCCGAAUAAUAAAUUAUAUAAAUAAAAUCCACCACCAAAA